GAACCAAGGGAAGGGGACGCUGUCAGGCCCAGGCCCCUGGGGGGCCAGGGCCAGGCCACUGCCUGGGGGCAGCAGGCACCAGAAACUGAAGGCAGCCUGAGCCGGGCAGGGCCCCUCCCUCUGCUUCGGCAGCCCCCCAUCAUGCAGCCCCCACUGGACCUCAAGCAGAUCCUGCCCUUCCCACUGGAGCCAGCCCCCACCCUGGGCCUCUUCAGCAACUACAACACUAUGGACCCUGUGCAGAAGGCUGUACUCUCCCACACUUUCGGGGGACCCUUGCUCAAGACCAAGCGGCCCAUCAUUUCCUGUAAUGUCUGUCAGAUCCGCUUCAAUUCUCAGAGCCAGGCUGAGGCACACUACAAGGGUAAUCGCCAUGCCCGAAGAGUCAAAGGCAUCGAGGCUGCCAAGACCCGAGGCAGGGAGCCUGGCGUCCGGGAACCUGGAGACCCAGCUCCCCCAGGCAGCACCCCCCAAAAUGGGGAUGGUGUGGCCCCCCGUCCAGUUUCCAUGGAGAAUGGACUGGGUCCAGCUCCAGGAUCCCCAGAGAAACAGCCUGGCUCCCCAUCCCCUCCCAGCAUUCCGGAGACUGGUCAGGGUACAACCAAGGUUGAAGGGGGAACUCCAGCCCCAGCUUCCCUGCCUGGGGGCAGCAAGGAAGAGGAGGAAAAGGCCAAGCGGCUGCUCUACUGUGCUCUGUGCAAGGUGGCAGUGAACUCCCUGUCCCAGCUUGAGGCUCAUAACAAAGGUACUAAGCACAAGACAAUUCUGGAGGCCCGAAGUGGGCUGGGCCCCAUCAAAGCUUACCCUCGUCUGGGGCCUCCCACUCCUGGGGAACCAGAGGCCCCUGCCCAGGACCGAACCUUCCACUGUGAGAUCUGCAAUGUCAAGGUCAACUCGGAGGUCCAACUGAAACAGCACAUUUCCAGCCGGCGGCACCGAGACGGCGUGGCCGGGAAGCCCAACCCGCUACUGAGCCGUCACAAGAAGCCUAGGGGCUCCGGGGACCUAGCGGGCACGCUGACUUUCUCCAAGGAGCUGCCCAAGUCCCUAGCCGGUGGCCUGCUCCCCAGCCCCCUGGCGGUGGCUGCGGUGAUGGCAGCGGCAGCAGGCUCCCCGCUGUCCCUGCGCCCGGCCCCAGCCGCACCUCUUCUCCAGGGACCGCCCAUCACCCACCCUUUGCUCCACCCGGCCCCCGGGCCCAUCCGAACUGCGCACGGACCCAUCCUUUUCUCCCCCUACUGACCUGAACCCCAAACCCCCUCCCAUUCAACCCCCCCCUCCACCUCCAGCCGGGACCCAGGCCUCCAGGCUCCAAGCCUGCCCCUACUCCCGGCACUCCCUGAAUGAUCUCUCUCCUUCCCCCCCACCCCGAGGUACGGGGUUCCAGGAAAGGGGAGGGGUAGCGGGGGAGGGGGGCUUCAGAAGGGGGGGAACACCCCAGAUCUCAGGGAACCCCGCCCCCUGCCCUUCCCUCUCCCCUAGAAAAGGGGGGGCCGUCUCACCCCCGAGCCCCCUUGGAGACACCCCCCCUCCCAAAAGCCAUGUCCAUUCAGCCCUUCCCCCCCAAACCUAGCACAAAACGGGGUUCACAAGCCAUGGUCGGAGUCCGGGGGGCAGAAAUGGAUUUUCUUGGCAAUAAGCGGACUCUGGGACUCCGGCCCCCUGUCUCCAAACUGAAGCGCUUCCGUGAACACCCCCCGUCCUCCGCAGGGGGAGGGGAGCAGGCGGGAUCCUGGGUCCCUCAAAAGCACUUUGGUUUUACCGCCUGCAACCUCACUGUGCCCGCCCCGCACCAUGCCCCAGCCCCAGGUCUAGCUGGGCCCAUCGCAGGGGGCAGCACUUGGGGGCAUCUCUGGCACUUGGGUGGGACCAAGUAGAUGCCCCUACAGACCCUUCCCUCACUUUCUUCCUCUCCAGUCUGGAUUCCAUUCUUUUCACCAGCACCCAUCGCCCAAGGGGUACCGAGGGGGGCAAGGGGUGUCCAGUUCAAGCCCACCCCCGCCUCGCCUUCCGCAAAACUGUGAGCAAAAAGCAAUAGAAGCCUCGCCCCCGCCCCUCCCCUUUCCGCAGGAUUCGCUGAGUCUGUAGCCUCCCCCGUCCCAGCUCCUAGACCUCAUGGCUGUCCCUCCCACCAAACACCUCGACUGCACAACUCGGGCGGGGGCGUGACCUCCCUCCCUCCUCUGUGGUUUCCGUAUCGUCAGCCCUUACAGCAGCCGACCGGGAGGGGGACGGGCCCCCACUGGCCUUCCCGUCCCCAUCAGCUCUCAAUGCUUGACGAUGUAGCAACCCCGGCCCCCCACCACGUCUUCCCUUUUCCCUCUCCCUGACAAUAAAGUCUGGAUUCGUUGCCCUCUGUC